AUGACUAUGAUGACUGUUGCCGCCUUGCAGAAAGCUGGUGAAGCUUUACUGUCAGCUGAAAAAAUUGAAAUACCGCUUCUGGAUCAAGUUGUUAAUAUUAUGAAUCAGUCGACGGGAGAAACACAACAACUUGCUUCAAAGAUUCUCACAGAGCUAAAACAAAAAGAUACAUCUUGGACACGUGUUGAUGGCAUUUUAGAAUACAGCCAAUUAAUUGAAACUAAAUAUUAUGCCUUACAAAUCCUUGAAUCACUGAUCGAAACUCGUUGGAAGUCGUUACCACGAGAGCAGUGUGAAGGAAUAAAAUCUUUCAUUGUCGAGCUAGUAAUAAAGAUUAGUAGUGAGGAAAUUACCAAUCCACAGAUCAAGACUUAUCUUCAAAAGUUGAAUCUCGUUCUUGUACAGAUUGUCAAGCAGGAAUGGCCAAAGCACUGGCCAACAUUUAUGGCUGAUAUUGUUGGUGCUAGUAAAGUAAAUGAUAAUCUUUGCCUCAACAAUAUGAUCAUUUUGCGGCUACUCAGUGAAGAAGUGUUUGAUUUUGAUGGUGAAAUGACUCAAGCAAAAGCUCAUCACCUGAAAAAAACAUUUUGUAGCGAAUUUCAAGCCGUCUUUAAUUUGUGUUAUACAUAUCUUAAAAGCAUAACUAAGAACUCUUCUUCCGAAAAUGCUUUAUUGGUAGAUGCCACAUUGCAUACUCUAUACCGUUUUUUAAGUUGGAUCCCAGUUGGCUAUAUUUUUGAAACAAAUUUAAUUGAUUUACUAACUAAAAAGUUCCUUGGAGUAGCUAUGUUUCGCUGCAUUAGCAUUCAGUGUUUGACGGAGAUUGUAUCAUUGAACGUAUCUGAAAUAGAUAAUCCGAAUGGAGAGUAUAAAACUCAAGUAAAAUGGCUGUUCAGAAGCGCAAUGACUCAGGUAUUCAGUAUACUGAUUACAAUUGAUCCAGAUGUUGAUCUCUGCGAAGCAUAUCGACGCGGUACUGAUGCAGACCAAAAAUUCAUUGCUAACUUAGCGCAGUUUUUGGGAACUUUCAUGAAAGAAAAUUCUCCACUGAUUGAAAUCAUUGAUGAUAAAGCGGAUGAAAUGGAUUUGAAAAAAGGACACGAAAUGGCAUUGCAGUAUUUACUGAAAAUAAGUAUGGUCGAAGAUGUGGAAGUGUUUAAGAUUUGUUUAGAUUAUUGGAAUUGGCUUUGCGCAGAACUUUAUCGAGAAUUCCCAUUUCAAAUUGAUCGUCCAGUUAUAAGUGCUUUUCCAAUGUUUGUAGGUCAUCAGGAGCCUCCUCGUCGUUUGUUAUAUAGCGCUGCUUUAUCCGAGUUGCGAUCCGUAAUGAUUUCGAGAAUGGCAAAGCCAGAAGAAGUACUUGUGGUUGAAAAUGAUCAAGGUGAAGUUGUGCGUGAACUUAUCAAAGAUACUGAUUCGAUCACUCUUUACAAAACUAUGCGAGAAACAUUAGUUUACUUAACUCAUCUUGACUACAAGGAUACUGAAAUGAAAAUGACUGAAAAGUUGCUUAAUCAAGUGAAUGGCAAAGAGUGGUCGUGGAAAAAUCUCAAUACGCUGUGUUGGGCGAUUGGCUCAAUUAGUGGGUCAAUGAUGGAAGAAGACGAGAAGCGAUUUCUUGUGGGAGUUAUCAGAGAUCUUCUUGGAUUAUGUGAGCAAAAACGUGGUAAGGAUAAUAAGUCAGUGAUUGCAUCAAAUAUAAUGUACGUUGUCGGACAGUAUCCGCGUUUUUUACGAGCACAUUGGAAGUUCUUGAAAACUGUUAUAAAUAAGCUUUUCGAAUUUAUGCACGAAACACACGAAGGGGUACAAGAUAUGGCUUGCGACACGUUCAUUAAAGUUGCGCACAAAUGCAAACGUCAUUUUGUUUUAGUACCAGGUGAAACAGGGCCUUUUAUCGAUGAGAUUCUAGGGGGUUUAAAUUCUAUCAUAUGCGAUCUAUCUCCGCAGCAGGUCCACGUUUUCUAUGAAGCUGUUGGCUGUCUUAUAUCCGCGCAAACUGAUUCUGCUAUUAGAGAAAGCCUUAUUGAACGUUUGAUGCAACUUCCCAAUUCAAUUUGGGAAGAAAUUAUUUCUCAUGCCAGUCAGGAUAUUAGUGUAAUGAAAGAGCAUGAAGUUGUCAAAAAUAUUGUCAAUAUUCUAAAAACAAAUGUCGCUGCCUGCCGUUCGAUUGGCGAACCAUUCAUUUGCCAACUUUCUAAAAUCUAUCUGGAUAUGUUAAAUGUUUACAAAGUGACAUCCGAAAAUAUUAGUGGUUCUGUUGCACAGGCAGGAGAAGAAAUUCUCAAACAACCUUUGUUGAAGCAAAUGAGAGCUAUUAAGCGCGAAAUACUCACUCUUAUUUCAACGUGGGUUGUAAAAACUCAGGAUUAUAAUGUCAUACUGGAAAAUUUUGUACCUCCAUUGUUUGAUGCAGUCCUCUUUGAUUAUCAGCGUAAUUGUCCAGCUGCACGCGAACCAAAAGUUCUUUCUUUACUAUCCAUCAUCGUUGCUCAGAUAGAAUCAUUGAUUAAUCCGGAGGUUAUCCGAAUAUUGGAUGCUGUUUUCACCUGCACUCUAGAAAUGAUCAACCGUGAUAUGGAGGAAUAUCCGGAACAUCGCCUCAACUUCUUUAGCCUUCUGCAGGCACUGACUCAUGAAAGCUUUGAUGUGCUCAUAUCUCUUCCACCAGAACUUUUCCGCUUAAUUGUAGAUGCUGUAGUUUGGGCUUUCAAGCAUACAAUGAGAAACGUUGCUGAACUUGGUUUGGAAAUUUUGAAGGACAUGCUUACACAGUUUAGCAUCCAUCCCGAUAGAGAAAAGGCACAAACAUUUUACAGUAUCUUUUUUAUGGAAAUACUAGUGCACGUGUUGACAGUUGUCACAGAUAGUAACCAAAUCAAAAUCGUUGGUUUAACAUCCUACGCUGAUGUCUUAUGUAUAUUGUUUUAUGUUGCCGAAGCGUCUAUUACUGUACAAUUAAAUCCUCCGCAAUCAAAUAUUGAUUACAUUUACAUGCACAUUAGCGAAACUUUUGCUCGAGCAUUUGAAAACUUGACUCCAGAUCAAAUUCGUGUGACUGUCAAAGGUUUUUUCUCAUUCAACACUGAUUCAGUGAGAAUGAGGUCCCAUCUUCGCGACUUUUUGGUUCAAAUUAAGGAAAGGGUGGGAGAAGAUACAUCUGAUUUGUUCAUUGAGGAGCGUGAACAAGAGAUUCAAAAUGUCCAAAACGCUAAAAAAGAAGUAAAAUCUCAUUCAUUUUUGUUUUGA